GACAUCAUGGUGCAUUUUACUUCUGAGGAAAAGAGUAUCAUCAGUGCCCUGUGGGGCAAGGUGAACGUGGAAGAGACGGGAGGCGAAACCUUGGGCAGGCUCCUUACUGUCUACCCCUGGACUCAGAGAUUCUUCGACAGCUUUGGCAACAUGUCCUCCCCCUCUGCCAUCAUGGGCAACCCCAAGGUCAAGGCCCAUGGCAAGAAGGUGCUGACCUCUUUUGGAGAAGCCAUUAAGAACCUGGACAACCUCAAGGGCACCUUCGCUAAACUGAGUGAGCUGCACUGCGACAAGCUGCAUGUGGACCCCGAGAACUUCAGGCUCCUGGGUAACGUGCUCGUGAUUGUUCUGGCUACUCACUUCGGCAAGGAAUUCACCCCUGAGGUUCAGGCUGCCUGGCAGAAGCUGGUGUCUGGUGUUGCUAUUGCUCUGGCCCACAAGUACCACUGA